CUCCGCAAAUUCGAGCUCAGGCACCUCAGGCACGUCCUUCAGGGCCUCAGUCGAUUCAAGGUCCAAGACCUCCGCAGUCCCCAACGACUGCUCAGCCUCCACCGGUACAAAGAGCUCCUGUGCCGAGCAAUCUUCAGUUCGGUCCAAGGCAGCCACCGCAGUUUGGGGGCGCCACUACGCCUGACGGUUCCAAAGCUCAGGUGCAACCCCAAUUUAACGGAACAUCAAGGAACGGCGUUCCUGCACCGUCUCAAAUAACGGGACAACUACCUAGACAACCGUCACAAGGCUCUUUAAAAGGCCUUGAUAUAUCCAAUACAAACAAAAGUAAAACAGCAAACCUGGAACCCCAAAAUACUAACAAUGACAACCAAAAUGCUAAUAAGUCCGAGAUUAACUCGGAACCACCAACAAUGUCUAAAGGCAGAAGUUACAGCAUCGCCGCCGCUCCCGGCGCGCCAAGUCCGCUUAAGAUGGAUGAAGACCGACGAAAAUCCAUUAGUGCUGUAGGGAGUAAGAUGGAAGAGUUCACAAGUCGUAGCCCAGGUCUUGGAUUAAUUCAAGAAUCUAAGGACAGUAGAGAUAACAUACGUGGUUCUAAAGAUAGUGUAAGGUCGGUGGCUUCGAAUGAUGGUAGCAAGGACAACAUCGAUCGUCCAGAAUCACGCAUAACCGGGUCAAGAAUGACCGAAUCAAUCAUGGGAUCUUUGACCAAUCUUGCACCCAAAAAGAAAAUAGACGAUGACGAUGACGUGGUAUUGCAAAACAACGUGCAAACAUUGAAAAGCGACGUUGGUCUAAAUCAGAACAAAACGGAUCUCUCGGACCGUUCACCAUCGUUGACUAGAAGUGAUGAUUCGCCGGAACCUAAGAACGUUUCGCAAAGUUCAGUUAUAACGAACAAGUCGCAGAGCGCUACACCAGAACCUCAAAGACCUAAGACUCCCAAAGAUUUGAAACCUGAAACCAAAGUCGAUGCACCAAGAGACGUAAAACCUUCCGUAACACCAGUUAAAACUCCGUCAAAGUCACCCGUUCAAGAAAUCAAAACUAUGCCAUUAAACAAAAAACCAACUGAAUUAAUUACUCCAACAGAUUCCAAAAGAUCUACUCCUAGGAAAGUAGUUUCAGCGCCUAAAUCACGACCUAAAGAUGGAGAUAAUGACAGUGGCGUGGACGAGUCAACUCAGGGGAAUGAUAUGAACGGAUCGCCUGGUUCACCAAAUAAGAAAUUGCCGAGCAAGGUCCCUACUAAGGAAAAAUCAAGUAACAGUUUGAAGACCAGUCUUUCACGAUCUUCUAGCAAGAGCGCAACAGCUAAAACACCAGAGAACCCUCCUCCAUCGGAGAAGAAAAAAGUACCAAUGAACAAGGUUCAAGUGGGUAACGCGCCGUCUCCUAAUAUCAAGGCUGUUAAAUCCAAGAUCGGGUCAUUGGAUAACUCUACAUACAAGCCGGGCGGUGGAAAGAUUAAAAUAGAGAACAGAAAACUGGAAUUCAAUGCUACGCCGAAAAUCGCUGCGAAAAAUGAGGCGUACACCCCUAGUGGUGGUACUAAAAAGAUAAUUACCACAAAAUUGGAAUGGAACGCGAAAUCCAAAAUCGGUUCCUUACAGAACACUGCUUACAAACCAGGAGGUGGCGAUAAGAAGAUCGAAACUGUUAAGUUGGAUUUUAAAGAUAAAGCGAAGCCAAAAGUUGGAUCCACAGCUAACAUAACUCAUAAGCCUGGCGGCGGAACAGUAAAGAGUCCGGUUCCACCGUCUGCACCUCCGAAAUCUGAUGAGAAUUUGAACCAACAGCCGUGUUAAGACACCUCAUGAAAAGUCGACACUAAUUCUAUUUACUAAAAUAAUGUGUCCAUUACUUUUAUCAUAAUAUUACUCUUGUCUCAUUGUCUUUGAUUAUUUUAUUCAGAAUUCAAUGGACAUGAUGCAUAUUUAAGAAUUUAAGUCAGUAAAGUAGUUUCCUUUGAUAAAUAUUUAGUAAAUCUAAAUGGAUCUUAGCAAAACUAUUAGCAGAUUAACUUGCUGCUUAUCUUUUAUGUUUUACAUAGUAUCAGUUGUGCCAAUGCGUUUAGAACAUAAAACAUAAAAUAUUAAUAUGUAUUUUUAAAUUUAAAAACGACCGUUUAUUCCCGAGUAGAAAUAGUUGAAAUGUAAUUUACAAAUAUUUAAAAUAUUGCUGCAUAAACAUUAUAGUGAAAAUUCUGGUGUGUUUCAGAUGAAGCGUUUUAAAAAAUGUAGUUGGCACAAAUAUCUAAAUAUCUUAUAAUGGUUUUGCAGCAAUUCCACGUAUAUAUUAUGCACAUAGUGAUCACAUUGUCUCACUUCCAGUCCUCACUGCGUAUUAAAGCAACAAAUAUUUACUAUGCGUAUAUUAAAUGCGAUAGUUGAAGCUUCGUUACAAAUGUAUGUUGUUUACUUUUAUAAUUGUAUUAUGUAGAAUGCACGAACAAUGUUUAGGAUUAAAAUGGUGUGAGGUAUGUAUAGGCCAGUGUUCUCGACUCAGCACGUAAUAAAUGUCGAACAACAUAAAGCCCUGUUUAAACUAAUGUUUAAUAUGUUUUAUAAUCAAAAUAAUAGCUUAUUCACGUUUAAUUUCGCUGUGUCGGGAGCGACGUCGGCUCAGAUUGGACUGACCAGAUUAUUAGAAUGAUAAAUGUUUUAUAUUUAAAUAAUUUUAAGACGGAAUUAGAUUUAGGAAUUAAAUAAUGCUUGUCGUUUACAAAAUUAUUUGCAAUUGUGAAUGUUAUUGUGAUGUAGCGAUGUAUUUCGUUGCAAUUUAAGGAUAAUCAAAUGAUUAUUGAAUAAUAUUAAAGGAAUUUGUUAUAUUUACAAUUUUCUUUGUUACUAUCAACAGCAUUAUUAAUUUUUGUACUACAAUCAAAACGUUUUUUUAUAUGAUAUUACAGGACGCUUUGCUAUCGUAAGUUUUUAAUGGAGUUCAGCAUAAUGUGAACCUGCUGUAAUGGUAUACUUUAAUAUUUAAUAUAAUGUAACGUAAUA